GGACGGCAACCGAAAUGCACGUCUUGCGUUAAAUUAAAUCGCGAAUGCACAUAUAAUCCAUCGAGGAAACGAGGACUCCCAACCGGUUACGUCAGAGUGUUAGAAAUGUUGCUUGGGCUUCUGCUGCGAACUUUUGAAGACAGUGAACAUAUUCUGUCGUCGCUUCUCCAACAUUCCUUACGGGAGCCAGCUUUGAUCCUCGGAGAAGGAGAGCCUUCCUCUGGUAGUGCAUUGGACACAUGGCGAAAAAGUGGAGUCUUCAAACUCGUAGGAUCACUUCUAUCAUUGGUGCAAUCAUCUGACGAUGAAGAAAAUUCACCACCCACUAUCGAUGAGAGCUUGACAACAGCGCUGUCUGCCUUUCUGAAUUGCAAAGAGUCAGCCGGAAAUGUUCAUCAACUCUCAACACCUGAGAGCCUUACAAGCCUUCAACGGACUCAGCGGGCAAAUACAGCGACAACGCCUCCAGUAGUGUCCGGUAACUUCACUCCCACUGCCGGUCUCUUCUCGCCUGACCCCUCAAUUCUUCCACCGAAUUGGCUGAAGCUCCUUGAAGAUUAUAUAGCGACCACACACUGCUGGUUUCUCAUCUCUAAGAAACAUGAACUUCUCCAAAUUGCAUAUACUGCGGCCGAUGCUGGCAGAUGUAUCGAUCAGCCAUGCUCAGGAGAUCUCGCAUUCCUUUGGGCUGUCUUCGCAUAUUCAACGCGCCAGAACGAAAGUGAGAGCGCGUUUGGAGUGGAAUCAGACUGUGAGAACAUAGCUUUCAGCCUCAUUUACUCUCGCUCUCAGUCUUACGGUUUUGGGCAUGUUCGAGCACUUCUCUUGUUGACAUUACUAAAAGUUGCUACUGAAUCUUGGAGCGCUGCUUGGGUCCUUCUCGGCCAAGCUCUCUAUCUUGCCACCGACCUUGGAAUCAUCUCGCGACAUAGAGAUGGUAGUGGCCUUUCGACGUAUCAAAACCAGCUUGAGGAUAGCCAAAGGCGGUUAUUUCAUGGAUGUUUUAUACUUGAUACGUUAAUAUCAACUCAUCUCAAGAGGCAAUCUUUGCUCACUUGGUCGGAUCUUCAGUCUGUUGGUCCAAUCGAUAUUGAAGGUCUCGAGGAAUGGGAACCAUGGAAACCUCCGAGGGCACUGAACAUACGCUCAUACCCUUGUAAAAUGUUGAGCACCUUCAACAGUUUCGUUGAAUUGGUUGGAUUACUAAACUACAUUAAUACUACAGCAGAAGUGGGAUCAACUGAGUCCCAAAUCGAGACCAUACAGCAGCAAUUUUCUGCGCUCAAGGAAAGGCUAUCGUCACAGAUCCACAAGAUGACCCAAGAAGGAAUAGGAAUUUUCAACCAGCCCUACCAAUUCCUUAAUCUCCAAUUUGCGAUCUCCGGGAUCCAAUUGAAAGUUCAUCAGAAGAUGUCCUCUGUUUCAGGUGCGGUGUUCGGUUCUCAAGAACAGCAUCUGACCUCUUCCUUCAGAUUGUUUCGAGAGCAGUCUAGGGGCACAAAUAAGACUUGGAAAACUCCUUUGCUCAAGAUAUAUAUUGCGUUGUUCGACGAGCAGCUCGCAAUGGAGCCGGCUUUGUGCAGCGAGAACGACUUGUUGGCAUGGAAAUCUAUACUUCUAGACAUUGUUUCGCACUUCCAGUCAGAUUGGCAAGGCAAGCCUGACGUGCCACAUACUAGCUCUGACAUAUUGCCGAAGACGGUCACUGUUCCCAAGCAAAGCGUCUUACCUCCGUCGACAUCUCAUCUCACACAACCUAUAUCUCCCAAUUCAAUGAUGUCUUGCUCAGCAUUUACUGACCCAACAUCAGUCGUUGAUGCAGUAGUUACCCAAACACCUAUGGAUCCAGAUGAGAGUUCCCUCUUCGAUAGUCUGGCUAUGCUCGACUCCGUGCUCUGUCCAUUUGACAGCCCUAGAUUCUUGGAACAUCUGGGCAUGGCUCCAAAUCAGAACCCGGUUGACUUCUCAGCUAUUUCGGAUUUGGAUCGAAUAGCAUAAGAUAGCAUCCAGUCUAUCUUCAUCUGCCGUGUUCUCUCGAUUCAAUAGCGAAUACCAAUCGAGUGGACCUCCUCUCACAUUAAACCUUUUUCCAAAUUUGACCUUGAGUUACACUGUGGCGGGCGCCUGUCGUGCGCUAUGAGCAAGCAGCUUAAGCCGUGGCUGAAUAUGCUACGAGCCGACACAAGUCAUUAUUAUUCUAACUGACUUGCUCCCUGGGCAGCAUAGAGAGAGUUGAAAACCAGCUGCUACAUCAGAUUGAUCUAAGAGAGCAAAUAUAACGUCCAGUUUAUUGUAGAAACUGUCUGCUUACAAGUUCUUCUGCAUUCUACAGACUUAGG